UGGUCGGAGAAGGAGAGAUGUGCGUUUUUUCUCUCCGUAGUAGAUCCCAUGACCUGAAAAGGGAGUUGUGCAUAUUCGUAGUGCAUGAUUUUAAGUGCUAAAUCUGUGAUAGAUGUGCCAUAGGUCAGUUCGUUUCGGAAAAUUGAAUACCUGUUCAGUGUUUUGUUUUAGAGUUUCCGAAAUUCAAAAUAUAGAAAUAUUAGGAAAACGUGUGUAAUGACACAGCAAUGCAGGGCAGGAAAUGUCGUGUAGAUUGCCUGUGUAAAUUAAAAUACAGUGGAUUGAUCUCAUUCUUUCCUUAAUGAAGUAAGUGUUCUAUUGUGCAAAUGACCCUUGCAACAGCGUGAGUGUAAUGGAGAUGCGCGACUUAAUAUCCGUGUCAGAUUGAAAGGUUCGGUUGCACAUCUUGCAAAAUGACACUCGGGCCAGUGCAACGAGGAAUGUAAAUAAUCUUAUCUUCGCGAUAAGACCCGAGAUUUUGUGCGCUAUGAAGAUGUGUCAUUUUUCGAAGACGUCGCGCGUGAUUUUGCAUACGGGUUGAUGUUGAUGAGAGAUUCACGCUGCACUGGGGUUGCAAUAUUCAUCUCCUCUGGCGACUGGUAUGGUCUUAUGUGAGAUCGUCCGUCGGCUGUGAAAGUGAUUGCACAAGGAACUAAAUCAUGCACGUUGCUAGCACUGGGAAGCGUGGCCAUUCCUGAGCAUCCUUGGGAGAGCGAAGCCCCUGCGACGGAGGCCAUGGAGGAGAAGCCGAGGAAGCCCCGUGUCAUAUACAACCCAAACCGGAACAACAACAGCAACAACAGCGAUGGAGGUGUCGACGUCCCUCACUUCACCUCCCACUUGACCCCUCACCUGACCUCGGGCGUGGCGGGCGAGGUGGAGGCCCAGGACGCCCUCGCCGCCCACCUCAGCGAGACGUUCCGCACCGAGAUGUACUGGGAGGUCCACAAGGCGCGCCACUGCCCCAAGAAGGCGGGCUCGAGCCUCGACACGUCCCUGGAGGAGUUCGAGGACGAGGAGGACGAGGGCGAGGUGGGCGAUGACCGAGAGGCGUUCGAGGACGAGAGUGAGGACGGCGCCGACGGAGGCGACGAGGCGCGGGGCGGCGGCGGUGGCUCGGAGGAGAGCGGGUGCGAGACCGAGGCGACGCUGAAGGCCAGCGGGACCGACAGGGAGGACGGGAGCAGCGCCAGGUGCUGCGACACCGAGAUAAGCGACGUCGACGGAGGAGGAGGAGGAGGACUCCGCGCCAAGGAGGACGGCCAGGAGGAGGAGGUCAGCCUGGGGGAUGAGAACCGACUUGAGGACCACAUCCGGCCGGGCUGGAGGGAGGUGGAGCUGUUCAUCAAGGAGGAGGGGGAGGACGGGACGGCGCUCGGGAAGAAGCUCUCCGACAAGUCCUCCCCGCUGGGCGACACGGGGUCCUACUUCGGGAGCGCCGGGUCCUUCUUCAGCAGCACCGGGUCCCACAUUGGCAGUUCGGGCUCGCACAUCGCCAGCACGAGCUCCUACUUCGGCAGCUCGGGCUCCUACCUCGGGAGCCCCCACUCGGGGAAGGUGCAGAAGGGGACGAAGGCGGAGGAAGAGAGAGACGAGGGAAUCAAGACCGAUGCCAACGACACGGACUUGGGCGACGGUUCCGACUCGGACGACGGCGAAACCGACUUCAACGAGUCGGCCAUGGGCGAGUCGGAGUGCCACGACACCGACCUCGGCUGGUCGGAGUGCCACGACACCGACUUGGGCUGGUCCGAGUGCCACGAAACCGACUUGUGCGAAUCGGAGUGCAACAUCACGGACAUCGGCGGGUCAGAAUGCAACGAAACGGACAUAGGCGACUCGGAAUGCAACGAGAAGGAGGACGAGACGGACGAAGAAGAAGACGAAGGAGAAGACGAAGAAGAAGAAGAAUUAGAGAGCAACCGCAGUGAAAAUGACAACAACGCCAAAGCAGAUCCAAAGAAGACGAAAGAAACAGACGACGAAGAAGGAGCAGGCGAAGACAAGAAGAACAAAAAUCAAGCGACCAAACGAAAAGAGGAACCGAAGAGGAACAGCAAGAGCGCGCAACACGGCGAACUCGAACUCGAGAGACCCACGAGAGAGAGAGAAGUGCAGAGGAGAACGCAGAGACAGAGGGACGAACGAAUGAUGAAGAACCUGAGAACGCGAGAGACAUACUCCAGAUCUCGCUCGCCGCUCAAGGAAAGGGAGGAAGAAGACACUCGAAGGACGCGGGAGGUGGUCGCCCUCAAGACGCGCCUCGUGAAUCUGAGGAAAAUCAUCCACGAGAAGAACGAGGAGAUAAGGGAGCUCAAGACCCGGAUGAAGAUCGAGAAAAAGAAUGCCAUGGCGAGAGUAAUGGCGCUACAGAGAGACAAACAGACGCCCCCCGAGCUAGGCGUGCAGCUCGUGACGAGCGCCGAACUAACUCACCUCCGUCGGGAGCUCUCCGCCCUUCGUCAGGAGAAAGAGCGCCUGAGGACGGAGCUGGCGGCGAGGGUUACCAGCGAGCAAGAGAAGGCCCUGGAGCUGCGCAAGUGCAAACAAGAACACGAGAAACAAAUAAAGUUCGUUCGAGCCGAGACGAGGCGAGAGUGCGUGCGCGAGACGAGGGCCAUGAGCGAUCUGGAAAGGACGAUUGUGGCCAAGGAGAAGGAACUGAAGGAGCAACAGCAAGCUAUCCACAAGCUGGAGUGCGAGAAGCUGUAUCUCGGAGAGGAGAUCUUUAGAAUCACCGGCGUCGAAGAGGGAUUCUGGUCGGAUCAGACGCUCAAAAACAAGAUGGAGGUCGAACUCGAGCGUCCGCUGGAGUUCCGGGAGAAGGAGCGCCACCGCCAGCGCGAGGUGCAGGUCCUCAAGAAGAAGAAUUCCGAGCUGGCGACCAUCACGAGGAAGCUGGAGGAGAAAGUGCGCAGUCUCGAGAAGAAAACCAAAGAGUCGCCUUCUGCAGAGAGGCGAAACAACUACCUAGCGAGACAGAAGGAAAAGGACGCGAUGUACGAAAAGCAGCUGCUCGAACGAGACCGCGAGAUUCAGAGACUCAAAGUUCGAAUGAAGGAAUUGGUUCGAAAGCUCACCGGUAAAAAUGGCGAGAUCACGCGAGCGCAGAGCACCCUCGAGCUGGAGCAGAUCAUCCGCACCGUCGCCAAGGAGAGACUGCAGCUGGAGCGCCACCUGGCCGUCGCCAAUGAGGGUCUCUCUCGCGGCGAGGCGGACGUGGCGCGGCUGGCGUCGCUGGAGGAGACGAAUAACACCCUGAAGCAACAGUUGGAUGACCUGGAGCUGCUCACCCGCCAGCACCACACCCUCCAGAGGCACGUGCAGGAGAAGGACCUCGAGUGUGUCACCCUCAAGGAGAAGCUGAAGCUCAAGAACGAACUGUGUCAGGAUCUGGAUGUCGCUCUGCAACACCCAGAACAGGAGUGCCAACUAGCCCGCGUCAUUGAGAAAAAUACAGAGCUCACGAUACAGAAUUCGGAUCUUCAGAAGCAGAUACAGGAACUACAACAUGUCAGCGAAGAGUGCAAGACGCUGAAACACACCCUCACGCAGGUGGAGACGGACUGGUCGUCGGCCAAAGUUCAAGUCGGGAGCUUACAGGGCAAAGUCGGCACCCUGGAGUCUGUACUUCGGCUGGACGAUGUAUACGGGCUGGCAGAUGGUCCGCGAGCCAGGGGGGGCAACUCUCUCGAAGCCGUCCUGAUUCAAAUGAAAGAAGCUGCGGACAAGCGGCGAGAACUCGAGCGGCAACAUGCGGAGGCGUUGGCGCAGCUGCGGGAGCGCCAGUCGGCCAUCUCGGACACCAGCAGGUACAACGACAAGGAUCGCAAGGCUUCCGUCGAGGUUAUUGAGGCGCUGCAGUCCAAGAUCCGCGAGCUCGAGAAGAAGGCCGAGGCGCAGAACCUCCGGCAUGAAGAGCUCCUGCUGGAGAUGCAGAGCCUGAAGAAGGCCCAGGGCUCCCCCAAGAACUCGUGGUCGAGGUCGGGGUCCCUCAGCGCCGACCUCCAGAGCCCUGACUCCGGUGACGUCACUCCGGAUUCCAGUCAAAUUUUGUCCAAUGGUAGCACGGCCCGGUCGACACCAGUACCACCCUCCGGGAUGGGCAUGAGUCUGCCCCACGGCCUAGAUGUGUUCGGUUUGGUCGAUCUUCCCGAUUCUCUCUUGGUCCACCAACCCCCUCUGUCCACGUCACCCCUCGCUGGCCAAUCAGGCCUUACCUCCCUCAACUCGCUCUCGUCCUCGGGCGUGUACACGACCAACACCUCCUCCUCCUUGGUGGCCUCGGGCGUGGGCGGCGGGGGCGGCGGCGUUGGCGUUGGCGUAGGAAGUGGCGUGGGCGGUUUCCCCAAUGCGUCGCCGCUCCCGGGGUCCGCCAACCUCGAAAAUGCAGCCACGGAGAUCGAUCGCAUUAUGGCCAAAAUCGAGCAGGAUAAUAAGAUUCUCGCUGAGCUCGAGAAGUCGCGGUCGACCAUAGGUCCCCACGCCAAACACGUGCAGUUCUUGGACGGGUUCACGCCGGGGGUGUUCAUGAGUGGGUCCCACGGUGGCUCUCGUCACCACCACCACACGUACCCUUCCUAUCACCACCACACCUACCCUCCCCACCACCAGCACCACCCCAAGCACCACUCCAAGCACCACUACCACCAGAAGCACCACAGCUCGCUCUCCCUGAGCCACCAUUACGGGACGCACUCAUCCAACCACCCCCAGGCGUACCAACAGCGCCAGCAGCAGCAGCAGCAGCAGCAGCAGCGGCAGGGCUCACGGGCUCACCACUCCUCCUCUCGGACGCGGGUUCUCCCCCAACACCCUGGGCGCCACCGCUCAGUCGGCAAACCACCCACCACCACCACCUCCUCCUCCUCCGUGUCUGCAAUGUCCCGUAUCAAAAAUUUUCUCACAGUGCCGAAGCCUCACUUUGCUCGCUUUGAGCGGAACAGGUUAACCACGACCUCGACCGGAGUGACUUCCAUCAAAACGAGCGACUUGAUCACCUCUCUGGGCCUCGCCUCUCGCACCAUGGCGGGCAUCACGCCCUCCUCCUUUGCCAUGGCGGGCACGGGCAUGACCUCCCUCACCGGGGCGGUCACCACCACCGUCUCGGCAAUGGACCUCUCCAACCCCAUAGUGAACCCCUUAGGUAAUAACCCCCUGGGCAGUAACCCCUUAGGGAACAAUCCCCUCGGCCUGAUGGAUCCGACGCUGGCCUCGCAGAUGGGCGGCGCCAACCCCAGCCUGGGCCUGACCUCCCUCGGCGGCCUCUCCGGGACCAAUCUCCUGGGGGGCACCUCCCUGCCAGGCGUCUCCCUGCACAGCACAAACCCUCUUUCCGUAACCAACCCUGCCAGCCUGUCCGCGGGCCUCAGCGGCGUGGGCGUGGUGGGCACGGGCGUGGGCAUGGCAGGCGGGGGCAUCAGCAACCCUGUGUUCACCAGCGUCAACCCACUGCCCACCAUCAUCACCACGAGCUAUGACAAGGACGACAAGAACCUGGUGAACGGCAACAUCCCGGGGGUGCUGAUGCCACAGUACGAGACCGACAACAGAGUGCUGGACGUACUCGAGAUCCCGGGGAAAGGUCGCUGCCACGUCUACAUCGCCAGAUACUCCUACGACCCAUUCCAACACUCCCCCAACGAGAACCCUGAAGCUGAGCUGGCGGUGAAUGCUGGGGACUACGUGCUGGUGUGGGGCGCCAUGGAUGAGGUAGCACCAAGGACCAUUGAUGGAUUCUUUGACGGCGAACUGUUGGACGGAAGGCGGGGGCUCGUUCCUUCGAAUUUCGUGGAGAAGCUCGUCGGUGAAGACCUGAUUGAGUUCCAUCAGUCUGUGGUCAUGGGUCUGCGAGAUGGCGACGAGUCCAUGUCCACCUCAGUGCCACAGGACCUCGACUUCAUUUCACAAGACGAGUCGCAGUUGAUAGAUACGACGGCGCCUGUAAAGUUUGUUAAAAACAUCUUCAAGGGUGUCACAGGACUUUUCGGGCCAGGCGAUAAAAACGGGGCUCCCACAUUGGUGUCAACCGUGCUGGGGUCCACAGGGUCAGCCGCACAAGCUCUCAUCCCUAAGGGUCCGCUGAUACCCCAGACGAGCCAGGUGUCAGGGCUCCUCAACCCCCUGAGCUCCCUCAACCCCCUGGGAACGCAGGCAGGCCAGUCCCAGAAGCUGGCCCCGGGGCAGCAGAACCCUCCCCAGCACGGCGUCUUUACCGCCAAGUUGGCCGCCAACCAGACAAGACACAAUGCUUACACGAGCUACAUAGAUCUUGAAGAUAUCAUUGAGGAGGAAGAGGAGACGUUGGGAGAGCAUGAGAGACGACUCCUAGUUCAAGGCAAGCUGCUUAGUAGGCCUGAAAACCUCUUCUUCUCGGUGCUAGUCCCACCGCCGGUCCAGCUCACCCUCGAGAGACAGCUCAACAAGAGCAUCCUCAUCGGGUGGAACCCCCCGCCCGACGCGCCCCCAGGAUCCAUCGAGUCCUACCACGUCUACGUCAACGGACUCCUCAAGACCACAGUCCGGGCCAGCGAGAGGACACGGGCGCUGGUCGAGGGCGUCGACUCCACCAAGCUGCACCGGAUCAGCGUGCGCUCGGUGACGCCCAACCGCCGCACCUCCAGAGACGCCGCCUGUACCAUGGUGAUCGGGAAGGACGCGCCCUUGGGACCCACCAGCGUCAAGGCGACCUCCAUCACCUCCACCUCCGCCGUCAUAUCCUGGCUGCCUUCCAACUCAAACUUCCAGCACACCGUCUGCGUGAACAACGUGGAGGUGCGGACGGUCAAGCCAGGCGUGUAUCGGCAUACCAUCACAGGUCUCUCCCCCAACACGACCUACCGCGUGACCAUCCGGGCGAAGAACCUGCGGGCGCCGCAGUUCGACGAGAAGGCCACCAGGAACCAGGACCGCCUCUCCACCACCAUCGAGUUUCGCACGCUGCCCAAGGAUGCUGCAGGUUAUAUUGAUCCAAAAGGGCUUCCGGACCCCCCCGUGGACGUGCAGGUGGAGCCCGGCCCCCAGGAUGGCUCGCUGCUCGUCACGUGGCUGCCCGUCACCAUCAACAGCACUGGCGGCACGUCCAACGGCGCCCCCGUCACCGGAUACGCGGUCUACGCCGACGGCAAGAAGGUCACCGAGGUCGAGAGCCCGACGGGAGACCACGCGCUCAUAGACCUGACGAAGAUCCCCGGGUUCGAGCCCAAGCAGGUGACGGUACGGACGAAGAGCCGGGACAGCGUAUCGGGAGACUCCGUGCCCAGCCAGAUACCCAGCCACUUCGCAAGGGGACGAGGCCGAGGGAAGCUAGAAGAGGAAGAGGCCUUGUUGCACUCAGACAUGGACCGGCCGUCGGAGCUGUCUGACAUCGCCGAGGAGAGUGAGACUGAGUUGUCUGACGAGGACAUGCAUGCCGACGGCCACAAGCCCGGCCCGCACCACGGCCUCGGCGGCCCCCACCAUGGCCCGCCCGGCCCGCACCACGGCCCGCCCGGGGGGCCCCACCACGGCCCGUCGGGGCCAGGCGGGCUGCGGGACAGGCUGCUGGGCCGGCGCGGCGCCCCCGCGCCCGGCGUGCGGACGGACCACCUCGGCCAGACCAUCCUCGAGCACGAAGACAACCUCAGCGACAAGGAGAUCUACCCGGGUCACCAGCAGGGCCAGAUGGCCCCGCAGACAUCCAUCCCCGCCAUAGGCAAAGGCGUCUCCCGUGCCAGACAAAUAACCAAAGACCCCGCCAGCGAAAGCCACCCGCCGCUCGAGGACGACUACGAGGUGAGCCAGGGCGGCCGCGGGCGCUUCGACCCCCGCAGCGCGCCCCCGCGGUCGCACCUGGAGCGCGGGCGGCCACCUCCCCCGCCCCACCACAACCGGCCCAUGAUGCGCGACCCCAGGGACCCCCGGGACGUGCGGGACCCCCGCGACCCGCACUACCGCGACGGCCGCGACCCCAGAGACCCCCGCGACAGACGGGACCCCCACAUGCGGGACCCGCACGUCCACCGGGACCCCAGGGACCCGAGGGACAUGCGCGACCGCUACGAGGGCGACGGGCGGCACCGGGGCGAGUACGGGCGCGACUACCCCGGCGGCAGAGGCGAGGGGCGCGGCGGCGGCGGGCGCGGCGGCGGCGGCCAGGGGGACCAGCACACGCGCAUCUUCGUGGCGCUGUUCGACUACGACCCGCCCACCAUGAGCCCGAACCCCGACGCCUGCGACGAGGAGCUGGGCUUCCGCGAGGGCCAGCUCAUCCAGGUCACCGGAGACAAGGACCCCGACGGCUUCUACUGGGGCGAGCUGGGCGGCAGGCACGGAUACGUCCCCUGCAACAUGGUGUCCGAGGUGCAGGUUGAUGAUGACCGCGUGGCCCAGGAACUGCUAAAAGAGUCAGACGGAGGACGGCGAAGGAGGGAUGGCUCAGUGGGCCGACGGCACCAAGGUGACCGCUGGGGGGACAUCUAUGCGAACAUGCCUGUCAAGAAGAUGAUAGCCAUGUAUGACUAUGACCCCCAAGAGCUCUCACCCAAUGUCGACUCUGAGGUGGAGCUGUCAUUCCAAACGGGCGACAUCAUCUACGUGUAUGGUGACAUGGAUGAUGACGGCUUCUACAUGGGUGAACUGGGAGGCCACAGGGGGCUUGUGCCUUCUAACUUCCUGCAGGAUGCACCCCAGGACUACGCCGAUGAUCACAGGUCGCGCCGUGAUACCUUAGACCCCCGCGAUCGAGCUCCUCCCCCGGGUCAGUCAGGGCGAGGUCCCGGCCCGGGCGCACAUGGCCCACCACCACCUCCGCGCCCAGACCAGCGAGACCGCAGGAAAGAUACCCGCUCAGUAACUAGUAGAUCAGUCUCUAGUGCACAGGAUAUGAGGGGGGCCCAGGGGGGCCAGGGGGACCACCACCAAGACCACGGCACCACCACCGGGGAGAGAGGCUGUAGGUCGGUGUCCCGCGAGAGGGGCGCCGCCGCCACCACCGCCAAGACCUCCGCUGCGCCCACCGCCAGCACCGCCGGCGCCGCCUCCACCACGAGCGCCUCUACCGCGGCGCGCGCCAAGAUGAACGGCAUGGAUCUGCUGGACGAGGACGUGGACAGCGCGCCCGCCAUCUCGUCGGCGGACCUGGACCAGCUCAUGGAGGACUUCGACCUGAAUGACCCCGAGGAGGAGGAGGCCAUCAAGCAGAGCGAGGCGGCGAAGGCGGCCGAGGCGGCGGCGGCGGCGGCGAAGGAGGCCGAGACCAAGGAGGAGAAGCCCGGCGGCCUGGCGGGCGCGCUGCCGGGCGGGCUGGGCGCUGGCCUGUCGGGCAUCCCGAACCCAAUGGGCGAGGGCAACAUCAUGGGCAAGCUGGGCGACCUGGCCACGCAGAACCCCGUCACGGACGUCAUGUCCAAGGGCAAGGACUUCCUGUUCAAGAAGUUCGGCCUAUGAGAGCCAGCGGGAGCCAGGGCGCUCUUGCCUGCGCUCGCGCUCAGCCGCUGCGCCGCCGCCGGCCGGAGACGAUGCCAAAGGGAAAAGGAACAAGUCCAUUUUCAAAGUGCCGAAAGUUACCCCUUAACGACGUCUAUAUUCAUAGGCAAUGCUAGACGAACUUCUCCCUCGUUUUGUAUCGUAACACAACAGUCUCUUAUGGUUCACUAUUUUAUAUCCCCUGGAUGGCAUUGCAGCUGUACAGUGCAACAUGACCAAUUUGUACUCUGCUUCUGAAUGACGCACUGGUCGUCGCCAUCCCCCCCCCCCCCCCCUCGGACAAGAGCUGUACGCACGUCACGCAAGUCUCGCUGUCAAGCUCA